AUGAUUGUGACGCCAUAUUCUCGCCGCGUACGGCUUUUCAGCGUCAUUACUGCAUUGUCUAUUCUCGCCAUAUAUAUCCAUAUCCGGCCGACAUGGAGAGAAAGGACAUAUGGCUAUGCCCGUGACAUUGGGCAAACAGUAUCGAGCUACUUGGCCUCUAAUGAUGUGUAUAACAACACGCUAUACCAGGAGGGAAACGAGGCGACGGUGACCCAGUAUCACAACUUCAGCGACCCGUGCGCCAACUUCCCGAAUACCGAAGGCGUUCAACUUGUCAUGAAGACGGGCGCAACCGAAGCCUUUGACAAAAUUCCAACACACCUUCUCACCACUCUGCAAUGUCUUCCCGACUUUCUAAUCUUUUCCGACAUGGAGCAACAAAUUGGGAAACACCACAUUUACGAUGUGCUAUCGGAAGUGGACGAGUCUGUCAAGGCUCACAACGACGACUUUGAUCUCUAUCGUUACCAAAAGGAAUGUCCCGUCUCCCAGAAGUCCUGCGUCGAUGCGCGAGAAGAGGGUUCCAGAGCUUGGAAUUUGGACAAGUAUAAAUUCUUGCCCAUGAUGGAGCAGACAUGGCGACUGAGACCAGACCGGGAUUGGUACAUCUUUGCCGAAGCCGAUACUUACGUGUUCUGGUCGAACCUCAUCGAAUGGCUCCGCACCGAAAGCGGGCUCAAUCCGAAGGAGAGAAUCUAUCUGGGCAGCCGCAGCUUUAUUGGCGGAACCCCUUUCGGCCACGGCGGAUCAGGUUACGUCCUGAGCGGCACGCUGCUACGACAUCUCAUCGAGCAUCAUCCUGGUGUUGUGAAGCAGUACAAUGUCAAGGGCUCGGGAGAGUGCUGCGGCGACUUGUUGUUGGCUCUAGCUCUGGACCAGUAUGAGAAUGUCAAAAUUCGCCAGGCAUGGCCAAUGUUCAAUGGAGAAAAACCCAGCACUCUACCUUUUGGUCCUGGCCAAUGGUGCGAGCCAAUAUUGACAAUGCAUCACAUGAAUGCCGAAGAGAUCAGCAGUGUGUGGCAGUUCGAGCAAACUAGAAAGACAAAUCGAACUCUACUUAUCAAAGAUCUGUACCACGGUCUUAUAGCGCCCAAGAUGCAAGUCCAACGUCAAGAUUGGGACAAUUUAUCAGACGACGUCUGCUACAUUAAUCCUGAUCAAUCUGCGCAAGCAAAAGCCGGCAAUCUUGAAAAGGGCCGCCAAAAAAACAAGAACGACAUGACCAAGAUUGAGAAGGAGGCAUGGAAGUCUCCAGAUCACUGCGCCCGUGUUUGCGAGGAAGAAGACGUCCCCGACGACGAUGAGUGGGAACUCGGGCAAAAAGUCCUGCCCCGUGAUCCGGCGGACGGAGAAAAUGCUGCCGAAGCCAUUGAUACAGAGAAGGCAGAGGACAGUGGUCCAAGUGACGAGGCAAUGCGCGAACAGUGGAAGACUACCAUGCGCGAGCGCAAGAAGAGCCGGACAUGCUUCCAAUAUCGCUGGCAUGACGAAGUUUGCUGCACAGCCAAGAGUUUCAAGCUUGGAGCACCAAAGAAGAAGCCGGACCAAGACAAGCCAAAGCAGAAAUGGGUGAGUGGGUGGGAUCUGAAGGGAAUCAACGACUGGAUCAAUGCGGUUGGGGAAUGCGAGAUUGCGUGGAAGACGCCCGAGGCUUCUUGA